AAUACAAACAGGGGAAAAUCCACAGGCACUACACAAAUUAGCCUUGGGUGCAUAAAAAGUGUAAAUUGCAGGCAAAGUACUCUUUUGCUCGUUCUCUAGCCUUUCUGGGGGCACGAAGUGAGAAAGGGGCAUUCUCCAUGGAAGCCCUAGUCGAGCUCUGCGACCUUGUUGCCCAAAACCCCGACCUGCACGCUGAGAAAUUGCGUUGGAUUUGCAGUAGAUGCCCCAACAUCAACACCAACAACAAUUCGCCCACACCCCUAACUCGCUCUCACCUCAAUGCAAUCCUUGCCACCGCUCGCUUCCUCUCAAAAUGCCCUAAGUUUGUCGACAAACGCCCUGAAGCCACCAUUCUUGAUUUCCUUCAGUCCCUGCCUGCUUCUUUUGACCCCUUGGUGUGGCCAAAAUCCUUUUCGGCAGAAUCAAUUUCCUGUUUCUUCUCUGAUCUCCUCUUGUAUGUGUCCCAAAUUGCUGAUGUUAACCCUGAAUUCGCCUCCAAGAUAAAAAAUUUCAUGGGUGAGAUCACCAUUGCGGCAAUUACGCACAAUGAGACCCCAAUUUCUAGGGCUUUUUUGGCUGCAUUGUCACAACAUUGCCCUCCAAUCUCUGCGCCGGAUGCCGAGAAACUCAUAUCUUUCAUCCUAGAUCGAUUUUUGAUAUCUGAAGCCUCAUCUUCAUCGUCUUCUGAGACAUUAUCCUCAGCUCACAACUCACCCUUUGAAAGUCGAAAACAGCGUUUUCAAGAAGUCUCGAGCCCUAUAAGCGGUUCGAUCGAUUCGGCGGGUAGCACGCCUUCAAAGUCAAAGGGGAAAGAGGAGUUUGUUGAUGAGGUUUCUAGCAUUGGGUCAAGGGGGAUUAAGGCGAAUGGUGGAGGGAGUGUUGCGGGAAGGAGCAGUUUGGAUCAGUUGGCAGUCCCUUUAGGGUUUGGAGAUGGCAUCACAUCAUUGAGGCAGCAGAUUACGGCAUUUGAGGAGGAGUCGGCGGAAGGUUUGGAGAGGCAGGAGGUUGCCUACAGGCUUUUGGCUCAUGUUUUGGAUAAUGUGGUUGUGAAAGGUGGGCAAUUGGAGCAGGUCAGGAUGGCGGUGGAUAAACAGCUAAAGUCUUUGCCCACUUUUCUAAAGAUACGGAAGCGAGACUGGACAGACCAAGGUGCUUUGCUUAAAGCAAGAUUCAACUCGAAGCUUUCUGCUUGUGAAGCAGCAACCAUGGUUCAGAUCAAAAGCCUCCUAUCCCUUAACUCUGAUGCCAAAUCUGCAAACCAAUUAUUGCGGUUUACCCUUGCUCAACUCUUAGAUGCUGCAGAUGCUUGUGUUGUCUCUUAUUGGAGGAAGUUAAGGACAUGUGAGAAGCUUUUCAGUUCCUUGCUUAGUGGGAUAUCACAGAUAGCUGUUACACGUGGGGGCCACGUGCUGCGAGUGUUGCUUCUUCGUUUGAAGUCCCUGGUGCUAACAACAUGUGCCCAGGCUGACAGUUGGGGAAAUAGCCAAUGUGCUAUAUUUGAGAGUGUUACUAGAACAUGCCGUGAGAUAAUUGAAUUUGGUUGGAAUCAAGAUAAGGGGUCAGUUGAAUCUUUUAUCUUGGCACUGGCAACAAGUAUACGCGAGCGGAAUGAUUAUGAUGAACAGGAAGGAAAAGAGAAACAGGCCAUUCCUGUUGUACAAUUGAAUGUAAUACGCUUGCUGGCUGAUUUAAGUGUUUCUGUUAACAAGUCGGAGGUCAUAGACAUGGUGUUGCCUCUGUUCAUAGAAAGCUUAGAAGAGGGUGAUGCUUCGGCACCUAGUUUAUUGCGUCUCAGACUUCUUGAUGCAGUGUCCCGCAUGGCAAGUUUAGGUCAUGGGAAAUCCUAUCAUGAGAUAGUGAUUUUAUUGACACGGAAUUAUCUGGAUAAACUUUCUUAUGUUGGAUCUGUUGAAAGCAAAACAUUGGUUCCAGAGGUCACAACAGAACGUGUAGAGACUCUUCCUGCAGGAUUUCUUUCAAUUGCUAGUGGUCUCACUGACUCCAAAUUGAGAUCUGAUUAUCGUCACCGGUUACUAGUUUUGUGCUCUGAUGUAGGGCUAGCUGCUGAAUCAAAAAGUGGGAGGAGUGGUGCCGAUCUUUUAGGUCCUCUUCUUCCUGCAGUUGCAGAAAUUUGUUCUGAUUAUGAUCCUACCCAAGAAGUAGAGCCAACACAUUUGAAGCUCUUCCGCAAUCUGUGGUUCUACAUUGUGCUGUUUGGGUUGGCACCUCCAAUUCAAAAUAGCCAAUCACCAACAAAAUCAAUCUCCACCUCACUGACUAGUUUGGGAAGCCUUAGUGCAAUGGCACUUCAAGCUGUUGGUGGACCUUACAUGUGGAAUGCACAGUGGUCAGUGGCUGUUCAACGCAUUGCUCAAGGAACGCCACCCCUUGUUGUUAGCUCUGUGAAAUGGCUUGAAGAUGAGUUGGAACUUAAUGCCCUUCACAACCCUGGAAGUCGUAGAGGUAGUGGCAAUGAGAAAGCUGCUGUAGCUCAAAGAGUUGCUCUUUCUGCAGCUCUAGGUGGUCGAGUGGAGAUUUCCGCAAUGAGCACCAUUUCAGGCGUGAAGGCCACCUAUCUCCUUGCUGUGGCCUUUCUAGAAAUUAUACGUUUUAGCUGCAAUGGUGGCAUCCUUAAUGACAAAUCUAAUCAAAAUGCAUCUAGGAGUGCCUUCAGUUGUGUUUUUGAGUACCUUGAGGUUCCAAAUUUAGCACCAGCCGUCCUCCAUUGCUUGACAGCAAUUGUACAUCGGGCUUUUGAAACAGCACUGGCCUGGCUGGAGGAAAGAGUUUCAUCAACUGGCAAUGAAGCUGAAACUAGGGAGUCUGUUCUUACUGCACAUGCAUGCUUCCUUGUAAAAAGUAUGUCCCGGCGGGAGGAACACGUUCGCGACAUUUCUGUUACCUUGUUGUUGCAGUUGAAAGAUAGGUUUCCACAGGUUUUGUGGAACUCAUCAUGCUUGGAUUCACUGCUUUUUUCAGUCAAUAAUGACUUACCAUCAGCUCUUGUCAAUGAUCCUGCUUGGGUUGCGACGGUUCGUUCAUUGUUUCAGCGCGUUGUUCGCGAGUGGAUCACCAAUGCUCUUUCAUAUGCUCCUUGCACUACUCAGGGUCUUCUACAGGAAAAGUUCUGUAAGUUAAACACCUGGAGGACAGUUACGCAUUCAACUGAUGUUGUUUCCCUUCUAUCUGAGAUACGGCUCGGCACCGGAAAAAAUGAUUGCUGGCCAGGUGUACGUACUGCAAAUAUUCCUGCAGUUAUUGCUGCUGCUGCUGCAGCUUCAGGUGCAAACUUAAAGGUGACAGAAGCUUUCAACCUCGAAGUUCUCUCGACUGGCAUAGUGAGUGCCACUGCUAAGUGCAACCAUGCUGGUGCAAUAGCUGGUAUGAAAAGUUUAUGUAGUAGCAUCAAUGCUUUUCAGUCUAUUACUUCUCCAAGAGGUUACAGCCUGGGCCUGGGCUUACAAAACCCAAAGCCUGUAGGGUCAAAUGAGCAACUACAACUUGAAAUCGAUUCAUUUAAUCUUCUCUUGAGAAAAUAUGUUGGAGAGCUUCGAAAAUAUGUUACUGAUUCUGAGAGUGGCAGUGUAGUAGACAAAACAUUGUUUCGUGAAUCUUGUUCUCUGGCAACUGCACUUCUUCUCUCAAAUUUGGAAACUCAGUCAAAACUAAAUUUGGAAGGCUUUUCACAAUUAUUGCGUCUUCUUUGCUGGUGUCCGGCUUACAUUUCAACACCAGAUGCCAUGGAGACAGGAGUUUUCAUUUGGACAUGGUUGGUUUCAGCGGCCCCCCAGUUGGGGCCACUUGUUCUUUCGGAGCUUGUAGAUGCAUGGUUGUGGACAAUAGAUACCAAGCGUGGACUGUUUGCAUCUGAGAUGAGGUAUUGGGGACCUGCAGCAAAAUUAAGGCCUCACCUCUCACCUGGAGAACCUGAAGUGCUUCCUGAUAAGGAUCCUGUUGAAGCAAUCGCUGCUCAUCGAUUAUGGCUUGGGUUUUUUAUUGACCGUUUUGAGGUAGUUCGUCAUGAAAGCAUUGAACAGCUUCUGCUUUUGAGUCGAUUGUUGCAAGGGACUAUGAAGUCUCCUUAUCAUUUUUCAUAUCACCCUGCUGCUGCUGGGACAUUUUUCACUGUAAUGCUUCUCGGACUUAAGUUUUGUUCAUGCCAAUCUCAGAGCAAUCUGCAGAACUGUAAAACAGGACUACAUUUGCUAGAGGAUCGGGUUUACAGGGCUUCCUUGGGUUGGUUUGCAUCUGAACCAGAAUGGUAUGAUAAAAACAAUAAGCAUUUUUCUCAGGCCGAGGCCCAAUCAGUUUCAAUUUUUGUUCACCAUUUGAUGAAUGAGCGAACAGAUACACUGAACAUGGAGUCGUCUUCUAAAUCUCGGGGACGGGCAACUGAAAAUUCUUUCAGUAAUACGGUGGAUCAUUCUCAUCCCAUCUGGGGCCGUAUGGAUAAUUAUGUAGUAGGGAAAGAAAAACGCAAGCAAUUGCUAUUGAUGCUAUGCCAGCAUGAAGCUGACAGGCUUGAUGUGUGGGCUAAUCCUUUAAGGGAUGGCGCUUCUUCUCGAUCUAAGAUUAGUUCAGAAAAGUGGAUAGAAUAUGUGAGGACAGCUUUUUCUGUAGAUCCUCGAAUUGCUCUCUCCAUGUGCACACGGUUUCCUGCUGUUGCACCUGUGAAGGCUGAAGUAACUCAUCUUGUACAGUUAAACAUUAUUGACUUGAGGACAAUGCCUGGCGCCCUGCCAUUUUUUGUGACUCCAAAAGCUGUGGAUGAGAACUCACCAGCCUUGCAGCAGUUACCACAUUGGGCUGCUUGUUCUAUUACACAGGCCCUUGAGUUUCUUACACCACAGUUCAAGGGUCACGCUAGAGUAAUGGCUUACGUGCUUAGAGUUUUGGAGUCUUAUCCUCCUGAGAAGGUCACCUUCUUUAUGCCACAGCUGGUACAGGCUCUCCGAUAUGAUGAAGGGAAACUAGUAGAAGGAUAUUUGUUGGGAGCUGCUCGCAGAAGUAAUAUAUUUGCACAUAUUCUAAUAUGGCAUCUUCAGGGAGAGGGAGAUGCCUCUGAAUCAGGAAAGGAUGCAGGUGGUUUUAAGGGAAGCUCCUUCCAAGCACUUCUACCCAUUAUAAGGCAACGGAUUAUUGAUGGCUUCACUCCUGAGGCUCGUGAUUUAUUCCAAAGGGAAUUUGACUUUUUUGACAAAGUCACAUCAAUUUCUGGGGUGCUUUUUCCUCUAGCUAAAGAAGAGCGCCGAGCUGGUAUUCGCAGGGAAUUGGAGAAAAUUGAAAUGGAAGGAGAUGACCUUUAUCUUCCUACUGCUCCCAACAAACUUGUGCGUAGCAUUCAGUUGGACAGCGGGAUACCCUUACAGUCUGCUGCGAAAGUACCUAUAAUGAUCACAUUUAAUGUGGUGGACAGGGAUGGAAAUCAGAAUGAUUUAAGGCCACAAGCAUGUAUAUUUAAGGUUGGUGAUGAUUGUCGACAAGAUGUUCUUGCUCUUCAAGUUAUUUCUCUCCUUAGAGACAUUUUUGGAGCAGUGGGACUUAAUCUCUAUCUGUUCCCAUAUGGCGUCCUACCAACUGGUUAUGAAAGAGGAAUUAUUGAGGUUGUUCCAAACACUCGGAGUAGAAACCAAAUGGGUGAAACCACUGAUGGUGGACUUUACGAGAUAUUCCAACAAGAAUAUGGGCCUGUUGGUUCAUCAAAGUUUGAAGUUGCUCGUGAUAAUUUCAUAAUUAGCAGUGCUGGUUAUGCGGUUGCCAGUCUCUUACUCCAGCCAAAAGAUCGCCAUAAUGGAAAUCUUCUCUUUGAUAAUUUGGGCAGGCUGGUCCAUAUUGAUUUUGGGUUCAUUCUAGAGACAUCACCAGGUGGAAACAUGCGUUUUGAAAGUGCACAGUUCAAGCUGAGCCAUGAAAUGACCCAGUUACUUGACCCUUCUGGGGUAAUGAAAAGUGAAACCUGGAACCAAUUUGUGAGUCUUUGUGUGAAGGGAUACCUUGCAGCUCGCCGCUACAUGGAUGGGAUCAUCAACACAGUCCUUCUCAUGGUAGAUAGUGGGCUUCCUUGUUUCAGUCGAGGUGACCCAAUUGGAAAUCUUCGAAAACGCUUCCACCCAGAGAUGAGUGAACGUGAGGCUGCAAAUUUCAUGAUUCGGACAUGCACCGAUGCCUACAACAAAUGGACCACUGCAGGCUACGAUCUCAUUCAAUAUCUACAACAAGGAAUCGAGAAAUGAGACUGGCCUGUGAUCCGCAUGUGCAUUUAUAUACUAGUGCUCUUGAAAGUAUAUUUCGAAAUUGUUGUUGGUGUUUUCAUUUUACAAGGAUCUGAGUUUCACGAGGCAUUGUUGCGGAAGUCCUUGUCAUCACGGCGGAAGUAUGCUUGAGCAUUUUUUUCUUUGUAAACAAUUUCGAUUGCAAUACCAUUUAUGGAAGAGGAGCAAUGUCAUGUUCCAUACCACGUUUGAACGGUC